CCCUGAGCUACACUCGCAGCCUUGAUAAACAUUUGUAUUUUGAGACCUGGCCUUGUAGUUGGCCAGACUGGGCUCGAACUCACAGAGCACUACAGAUCUGGCUGAAGCGUACAACUCGAAGACGGUCCUGAGACUUCCGUCCUUUGCCCCUCCCGAAGACCCGGGGUGUGCAGAGGAGCCAGAGACGUCAGCGGACGCCGCUGUCGCCCAGCAGCCGCAAUGCCCAGGUCUCCCUCGCCCGGGCCAGGGUUCCAGCCACCUGGAGUCCGCAGCCCCGCGCGUUCCCGCUGUCGAGCCCGCGCACGUCGUGCGCCGCGGCCAAUCGGCGAGGGCGUCUCCCCCGCGCCCCGUUUCUGUUCUUGGCGCAAGCGCGGCAGCGGGCCGAGGGUGGCGGGGUGGCCGAAGCGCGGACACCACUUGCCGCCAUGGUUCUGGAAAGCGUGGCCCGCAUCGUAAAGGUGCAGCUCCCUGCCUAUUUGAAGCGGCUUCCGGUCCCGGAAAGCAUCACAGGCUUCGCCCGCCUCACAGUUGCAGAAUGGCUCCGGCUGCUGCCCUUCCUGGGCGUGCUCGCCCUGCUCGGCUACCUCGCCAUCCGCCCGUUCUUCCCGAAGAAGAAACAACAGAAGGAUAGCUUGAUAAACCUUAAGAUCCAGAAGGAAAACCCCAAGGUGGUGAAUGAAAUAAACAUCGAAGAUCUGUGUCUCACGAAAGCAGCAUACUGCCGGUGCUGGCGCUCCAAGACGUUCCCUGCCUGCGAUGGCUCCCAUAACAAACACAAUGAGUUGACGGGAGAUAACGUGGGUCCCCUCAUCCUGAAGAAGAAAGAAGUGUAACAGUGAUGGUGUGGGACUGGUCCACCGUAUGCUGUAAGGUGGGAUUUAGCUGGAUUCUGUAUCGUGGUUAUUAUGAAGAGCGCUACAGUAACCUCUGGUUGCAAGGCUUCUUUGACCUGCUGCUUUCAUUCCCUUUGGAUGCCAGAGCAGGGAGUGCCGGCCCCUGGGAAGAUCUGGUUUCGGGUUUUUCAGGAACCUCACACUGUCCCCUGUAAUGGCUGAACAGUUUACAUUCCCACCAGAAGUGCGAAAGUGUUCAUUCCCCUUUCUCCACGUGCCUACAGCGUUUGUCACGUUUUGCCUUCUUGAUAACAGUGCAGCCUGAGGAGGCCGAGGUGACAGCUCGUUGUGGUUUUGGCCUGUUACAGGGCACUGAGGGAGAAGAGUGGAAGCUGGGGUUGAAUAACAGGCACCAGAGCGGGGAAGGUGCUGGAGGAGCAGGUGCUGGGGUUCUGUAGCCUGUGGGUGACUGGUUCUCAGUAACCUCCGUGUGUGUGAUGAGUAGCUAGAAGAGCUUAGAGUUCCAAAGAGGAGGCAAGGAUCAGGAGACACAGGGGUCACUUACCUUGAUUUGUAUGUGUUGUAUCACACUGUACCCCAUAACUAUGUACAGUUAUGUGUUAGAAAUAUUUUUAAAAUGUUUAAGGAGAUAAACAUGCAACAUUUGAUUCUUACAUAUUGUACAUGAAUUGAGUCAUUGCACUGUAUGUCCAUACAUAUGUACAAAUUAAAAAAACAUACAUUAAAAAAUCAUCACUGUUUUGGUUUACAUCCAGACGCUCCCGACAGCCUCAUGAAGUCAUAGGCAUGCCCACCGGAGUGACUGUAUUACAGGGGCAUUAUAGUAGACUUGCUGUGAGGAGGUGGGGCUUGGUGGGGACGAAUGGGCAUGUCACUGAGCGUGUUCACUGGACAGUUACCCUCCUUUCCUGCCUCUUCCCUUGACCCCCUCUGUUCCCCCAAGGCCAUGCCAUCAGUAGCUUUUCCCUGGCCUUGCACCUCUGCUGUGGGGUCCUGCCUCAGAGCCAGGUGACCACGGAGUGUAAACAUGAGCCAAAAUAAAGCUUUCCUCCCUUCAGUUUUGGAUGUUGGGCAGUGUGUUCUGGCAAUGAGGGAAAUAUCUAAGAUUUUGGUAACAGAGAAGUGGGGUCAUUGUUGUGCUGACACCUGAUAAACCAUGUGGUUUAGAAAACGUUGGAACUAGUUCACCGGAGGAGUUUGGUAAGGUUUGUAGAGGCGGGCUAGUGAGGCUGUGACAUCUGAUGGUCAGAGCUCAGGAGAGCAGAGUGCUGACAGUAAUGCAUCUAGCAAAGAACAAGCUGAAGAGAUUUCAGUUAUGAAAACAGACAUAACCAGCAGUUGUAUUCCAGGCCAGGAUGUUUUAUUUUGGCAGAAAAUCUGUCUACAUUUUGCUUAUGUUCUGCGACUUUGGGGAAAGCUGCAAUUAAGGGCAGUGGACUCAUCCUGGUGGAGGAAAUUUCAAGAAAACUCAAGUGUCGAGGCUGUGGCAUGGGUAUUAUUGGGGCCUUGUAGCUGAAUCUCUGUUGAGAACCAAGAGCAAAUGGCACAGCUGACUGAUUUUUUUUUUUUUUUGGUACUGGGAAUCGAACUCAUGAUUGCAUUUGCCAGGCAGGCACUGUGCCACUGAGCUAUAUCCCUGGCCUUAACAGCUGAGUGAUUUUAAAAGUUUGUUUUAGCUGAAAGGAAGCUCCCAUAAAGUUAAAGCCUGUAUAAAGUUGCAGCAGAGGAAAGCUUGGCUGCUGAAAGGAUUAAAGAGAAGCCUGGUACUUUGGAUUAGAACAAUAGGAAAAAUGGCUGGAGGGCAUGUCAGAAGUCUGCAAGACCCCACCUUUUUGAAGGGUUAAAAUUGCAAGGAUGGAAGACACUGCUUUGGGAAGAAAGCCCUGCAAUGUUCUCUAGAAUGGGUCACCUAGGGAAUUUGUUCCCUGAAAUUCUGUUCACAGUGCUGAGCCGUCUAGGCACUGAGAGCCUCUCUAGCAGAUUCAAAGGGGCCAGCCAUGGCUCAUGGUGGUAGCAGACCUUGGUAUUAUCCACAUGGUGCUGGUUUUAACAGGUAUGCAGAAUGCAAGAGUUGUAGGGUCACAAAGGCUUCUAGCCAGAUUUCAGGAGGAGGCCUGGGAGAGCAAGUGGUGUGUCCCUGAGGGCAGUGUGUAACACUGUAAGAGUAAAGUGAGAAGUGCGGCGGAGACCCCAGGAAGUUGGAGGAACCAGGAACAUGGAAUGAGGAAAGCCAGAGAGAAAUCCAUCAGGGAGGGCUACAACCACAGGCACUGCUGUAGGGACGAGGCCACCUAAGCCCUGUACAAUUCACAUUUUGCCACAACUUGUGCUGGGUGGCGGACAUUGAUCCACAGGCUUACUAGUUACCCUGCUGGGGUUCAGUCCUGCGUGGCCCCAUUGGCUUCUGACUUCCUGGUUUUUCCUUUUGGAAUUUGAUGCUUACUCUGUGCCGUUAUAUGUUGGUAGUGUUUAACUUGUUGGUAUUUGUAAGGGUUCACUACUAAGAGUUGGCUGUCAGUCUGAGAUGAGACUUAGGACUUGGAUUGUUCAGCAAUGCUUGACCUGUUAGACUCUGGCAACUCUUAGAGAUAGACUAAAUGCACUUUGCAUAAAGAGCUACACAGGUGGCUAGGUGUCCCUCAAGGGCCUCACAUGCUCAUGGGGAAGCUUUUGUAAGGCAGUUGGCUUAUGGUGGCUUUUAGCUGACCUGAUGUUAGGAGGAGGGUCCUGCUUAGGGGAGGUGGUCACUAGGGGUUUGGCGCAAGGGUUCAUCUUCCUUCUGAGCUCUGUUCUUUGGUCUUCAUUUCUGUUGGCCAUGCCCCUCUGCUAUGCAAAGACUGAGACUACUGAAACUUGAGCGAAGAUAAAUCUUCCCUCUUUAAAUUGCAGGUGCUGGGUAUUGUGUGUCAGCACUGAUGCAGUAACUAAGACACCCAACACCACUGAACUCAAAAUUUACAUAUCUAGUUGCUUUAAGUAUCUCCAGCAAGCAGCUUAGCAGUCAUUUAGAGCCUGCAUGCUUCACAUAUCCUCUGUGACUGUCUGAAUCUGCCUGGGCUAUAAACCGUGAGCUGCUGCUGUCCUUUGUGCUCUGUGACCUGGACACUCCAGCCCAUGUUGCUGAGUGACCUCCUCGAUCCCAUUCUCUCUGAACCUCCUCCCCUCUGGGUGCUGGACCCCAUGCCUUGGGACUCUUUAUUAGUACAUUCUUCUGACACAUAAUAAUUACAUUCAUUUUUGGGGAUUGGUAUCUGUAUCUUGACAAUUUUUGAUUGUUUUUUCCCCCUUUAACUCCCUUCAACACCUUCCCAUCUCCAGAAAUUCUGAUCUUGCUGUUGAAGCCUUUCCCUCAAAGCAGACAGGUCAAAGGAUCCCAGAAUAAAGCUUGCUUGUAUCUACUGCCA